GCGCGGGCCUCGGGCGCCGGGGAGGGCUCGGGGGCGCCCCGGCGGCUGCAGGCUAGCGAAGGGCGCGCUUGUCGCUUCCGCCACCCGCCGGGGAUUCCCCCGGAGCGGGGGCCCGGGGAAGUCCCCGCGCGCGGGGGUAAAAGAGCGCGGCGCGGCGCCAGCGCGCCACAGACCCGAAGUCCCCCAGCCAUGUCGCGAGGCCUCCAGCUCCUGCUCCUGAGCUGCGCCUGCAGCCUGGCGGCAGCAGUGCAGGAACUAAAGGUGGCUUGUUCGGAGAAUGUGGACUUGCCUUGCACCGCCCCGCGGAACCCGCGCGUCCCCUACACGGUGUCCUGGGCCAAGCUUACGGAGGGCGGGGAAGAGACAAUAGAGGUGCCCCAGGAAGACCUGCAGACCUAUCACCGGAUGGAGCAGAAGGGCCCCCUUGAGGACUCCAGCCGAGGGCCGUAUUCCCUGAAGAUCCGAAAUGCCACCAGCUGCAGCUCGGGGACAUACAGAUGCACUCUGGAGGGGCCAGGAGGGCAGAGAAACCAAAGUGGCACAGUGGCCUUGAGAGUGACAGGAUGCCGUAAGGAGCGCAAAGAAGAGACUUUUAAGAAAUACAGAGCUGAGAUUGUACUGCUGUUGGCUUUGGUGGUUUUUUACGUAACACUCAUCGUUUUCACUUGUUUUGCACGACAGACUAUUUUUCCAGAGUUUUCUAAACCGGGCAUGGAACGAGCUUUUCUCCCAGUCACCUCCCCAAGCAAGCCUGUGGAGCCGGUGACCUUUGCCAAGGCGGAACUGGUGUGAGCAGGACUGUUUUCCCCAAAGUCGAAGGUUCGGCGGUGUGCCUUUACGUCACACAGGACACAGGAGGCGUGUGCCCCCACCGAAGACAGCAGCCUUCCUGUGAAGUCCCCCACCUGACUGAAACAUCUGAAGGGGAUCCCACCUUACGUCUGUGACCAGGGUGUCGAAAACCAUCCCGUGGCCACACGGCGGGGGGCCGCCCUGCGGGGUGCUGUCCAGUCCUGCUCCUUCCCCGCCACCCGCUCAGUGUUCUGUUCUGCUGUCUGGUCGACCUCUUUGACUUUUUUUUCAGUCACAUGAAAGCUGUGAUGAGAUGCAGUGGGAAAAGGGUCUUGGGAAGUAGGACUCUCCAGAGCUGGCCCUGUGACAGAUUCCUCAGGACAGCUGCACAUCUGGGAAACAUCUCUUUGAAUUUGCUAUGUGUUCUUGGACUAGCCCAGAUGCUUUGUGUCUGGGAGAAAUGGACAGGCCACGCUGGGAGACAGUGGGAAAUAUUUGGCAAAUAAUUUCCCGCUGUAAAGGCUCUGCUUUUACGAAGGAGUAUUAUGUGUGCGUAGAAAUAACAGGUCAGUGACCCGUUCCUCAACAGGGGCUUCUCAUCUGGGAAAGGCAUCCACAAAGAAGCAGUAAAGAAGAAUGCCACUUUUAUUUUUAUAAAUCCAUAUAUGCUUUUCAAAGAAGGACUUGUGUUUUUUUCUCCUUUGGAAACCGUAUCCGCAGUUAGAUGCCGUUGCUGACUGAUGAGAAGCCCGACCGUGGAGAGGGAGAGACACUGGGGAGUGGACAGCGGGACAGGAUCUGCUUCGUGACCCGGGGAAGUUCGGGGCCGGUCAUGCGGUCGGGCGCUGGCCCCAGGAGUUCCGCUACCUGUGUGACCGGGGGCGAGGUCCGGUGGUUUCUGCUGUCCCAGCUGUGAGCCAGGAGGCUGUUGUAUGAGUUGACUGAAAUAAUGUGUGUGAAGACACCCUGAAAAAGUAUAAAGCACUAUCCAAAUUGGAAGCUUUAUUGAGUCGUCAUCCUUACUAUUGCAGUACUGUUCUGGGGCAGGGGAGAAUGACUUCCACUUUUUAUGUUUCGCAUUGUUCCAAACAAAAAAAAAUCCACAAAGGAGACUUUCCUUUGGGGACCUGAGGGCUAGUUCAGUGGCCUGUCUCUGAAGCACCAGCCAAAAGCUCUCCAUGAGCCACUGGAACUUGGGGAGAAGGGAAUUCGCUGAAGUUACAUUGCUAUUUUGGCAAUUGUGUGUUUCUUAUCAGAUUUGGCUGCUUCCCUCCACGUUUUCCAAAGAGACUGUGUCCCUUCAGUGGCAUGUGCAUUGCCCACAGUGUCAGAGAAUAAAAGGGGUGCCGAGUUGA